AUGGCAGUGAAAGAGAAACCUAAAUUGAGUUUUGUUGAAAAUUUUGCAUUGAGUGGUUUUGCUGCUGUUGUAUCUAAAACAGCGGCUGCACCAAUUGAACGUGUUAAAUUACUCGUACAAAAUCAAGGUGAAAUGAUAAAACAAGGUACUCUAUCUCGACCAUACAACGGUGUUAUUGAUUGUACUGUUCGAACAUUCAGAAGUGAAGGACUUAUUCCAUUUUGGCGAGGCAAUUUAGCUAAUUGUAUUCGAUAUUUUCCAACACAAGCAUUGAAUUUUGCAUUCAAAGAUAAAAUAAAAUUAAUGUUUAAACAAAGUAAAAAUGAUCCAUAUAUGGUCAAUUUCGGUAAAAAUGUCGCAAGUGGUGGUGUAGCUGGUGCAUUAUCAUUAUGUUUUGUUUAUUCACUUGAUUAUGCUCGUACACGUUUGGCUAAUGAUCUUAAAAGUACAAAGAAAGGUGGAGGAGAACGAAAAUAUAAUGGUCUUGUUGAUGUUUAUAAAAAAACUUUGGCAACUGAUGGUUUUGUUGGACUUUAUCGUGGUUUUGUUAUAUCAUGUGUUGGAAUUAUUGUUUACCGAGGUUGUUACUUCGGUUUUUAUGAUACAUUAAAACCAUUAUUACUUGGUCCAGAUGCUGGUAUAAUGUUAUCAUUUUUACUUGGUUAUGGUGUUACAGUAACAUCUGGUUUAAUAUCAUAUCCAGUUGAUACUAUUAGAAGACGUAUGAUGAUGACAUCUGGUCAAGCUGUUAAAUAUAAAGGUUCAUUAGAUUGUAUGUUUCAAAUAUUACGACAGGAAGGUCUUAUGGCUUUGUUUAAAGGAGCUGGUGCAAAUAUUCUAAGGGGUAUUGCUGGUGCUGGUGUAUUAGCUGGUUUUGAUAAACUUGUACAAGUUUAUACCGGUAUUAAAGUUGAUACCAGUGGUGGUUAA